AUGAUCGUCACGCAGCCGGUGGACGUGCCGGGCCCAGCGCGGCGGCAAGUUGGCGUCGCGCGCGGGGCUGCCGUGAGCUACGCGUCCGCGCUGCUGCACCGCUCGUCCUGCGACACCGGUGUAGCUGCCGCGCCAAAAGCCGCCGAACCACACCCACCCUCGCAUCUCGACGCGCUUAGGCCGCAGCCUCAGAAGAAGCCCGAACGGCAUAUGCCGACGCAGCAGCAGCAGCCGCCUCAGGCGUUACUGCAGUGGCCCGCGCUGGGCCGACAGUCGCAGGAGCCGUCACAAGCCCAGCCAGGAGCGCAAGGGGCAGUACAGGCUGUGCGACAGGCAAACCCGCAGGAAGGGUCGCAGGCAAUAGGCCCGCAACCACCAUCGCAGCGAGGCGGCGAGCAGGCGACCGACCACGAGUUCGACUUCGACGACGUGUUCGGCCCGUCGCCCGCCUCCUCCAGGCGGCUGUCGUCGUCCACCAGCCUCGACUCGUCGCACGACGCGUCGUCUGGUCGCCUGGCGACGGCGAGCGGUCGCAAUCUGCGCACGGUGGCGGAGAUGGACGAGGACGAUGUGGCGAGCUGGAUGGCCGACGAGCAGCUCGCGGAUCGCGCGGCGGGCGAGGAGCCGCCGGAGGUGAUUACGCACCGCUCGCACUCGCUCGUGGGGCCCGCAGCUAUCACGCCGCGGCAGAGCGUCGCGCGGUCCAGCAGCCGCCGCUCGUCGCUGGACGAACCCGACAGCGCGCGACCGUCGCUGAUGGGAACGUCGCCGUGCGUGCGAUCGAUGGAGUCGCCGAGGAAGGCCGUCGCACGUGCGAUGCUAAAUGCUGGGAUGGCGGCGGAUGAGAGAGAGGAGGCUGCGACAGCAGCGGCCGUGUCAGGGGCAGGAUCAGAGGGCGGUAGGGACAGUGAUGCGAGUGGCGCGAUAGAGGCGAGGAGGGUGGGGCCGGAAGACUUCGAGCUGCUGCGAGUGGUGGGCCAGGGCGCCUUCGGCAAGGUCUUCCAGGUGCAGCACCGAUGGACGGGCGAGAUAUUCGCGAUGAAGGUGAUGAAGAAGCAGCGCAUCCUGGAGCGCAACCAGGGCGACUACAUGCAGGCGGAGCGCGACAUCCUCACCAAGGUGGUGCACCCCUUCGUCGUGCAGCUGCAGUACUCCUUCCAGACGAGCGCGAAGCUGUAUCUGAUCCUCGACUUCAUCAACGGCGGCCACCUCUUCUUCCAGCUCUACCGCCACGGCACCUUCAGUGAGGACUUGGCGCGCAUCUACACGGCGGAGCUGGUGCUGGCGGUGGGGCACCUGCACUCGCGGGGCAUCAUGCACCGCGACCUCAAGCCCGAGAACAUCCUGCUCGACUCCGACGGCCAUAUCAAGCUGACGGACUUUGGGCUGGCGAAGGAGGUGAGGGAGAGCGAUGCGCGCAGCAACUCGCUGUGCGGCACGAUGGAGUACAUGGCGCCCGAGAUCAUCCAGGCGCACGGCCAUGGCUUCCCCGCCGACUGGUGGAGCAUCGGCGUGCUGCUCUUCGAGAUGCUCACCGGGCAGCCACCGUUUUCAGGCGGCAACAGGCAGAAGCUGCAGCAGCGCAUCGUGAAGGAGAAGGUGAAGCUGCCGCAGUACCUCACCAGCGACGCGCACUCGCUGCUCCGCGGGUUGCUGCAGAAGGACCCGGCGAAGCGGCUGGGCAGCGGGCCGCGGGGGGUGGAGGAGAUCCGCGGGCACAAGUGGUUCCGCGGGGUGCACUGGCGGCGCCUCGAGGCGCUCGAGGUCGUGCCGCUCUUCCGCCCCACGGUGACGGGCGGCAAGCGGUGCACCGCCAACUUUGACGAGAUGUGGACGCAGAUGCCCGUGCACGACUCGCCCGCCGGCACACCCACGAUGCACGGCGCCGACGCCUUCUUCCGCAACUACACCUUCACCGCCGCCCCGCCCGCCCUCUCCACCGUUGACAGCGACAGCGACGGCGAGGUGGGCAGCGGCGAGUCGGAGGAGAGCGAGGGAGAGGAGGGAGAUGGAAGCGAGGGGGAGGAGCAAGUGGUGGAGGGGUAG